GAACAUGGGGCGCAAGCCGGGUCCCGGGGCGCAGGAGCGCGUGGAGGAGGAGGAGGCGCGGACCUGCUGUGGCUGCCGCUUCCCGCUGCUGCUGGCGCUGCUGCAGCUGGCGCUGGGCAUCGCGGUGACCGUGCUGGGUUUCCUCAUGGCGAGCAUCAGCCCCUCCCUGCUAGUCAGAGACACUCCGUUCUGGGCUGGCAUCAUUGUCUGCGUGGUGGCCUACCUUGGACUGUUCAUGCUUUGUGUCUCCUACCAGGUUGAUGAGAAGACGUGUGUCCAGUUUUCUAUGAAGGUGGUGUACUUCCUCCUGAGUGCCCUGGGCCUGGUGGUCUGCAUGCUGGCCAUGGCAUUUGCCGCCCACCACUGUUCCCUGCUUGCACAGUUUACCUGUGAGACCUCCCUGGAUGCUUGCCUAUGCAAACUGCCUUCCUCAGAGCCUCUCAGCAGGACCUUUGUCUACAGGGAUGUGGCUGACUGCACCAGCAUCACGGGCACUUUCAAAUUAUUCUUAAUCAUCCAGAUGGUUCUGAACCCGCUCUGUGGCCUUGUGUGCUUGCUGGCUUGCUUUGUGAUGUGGAAACACAGGUACCAGGUCUUUUAUGUGGGUGUCGGGCUACGCUCCCUGAUGGCUUCUGAUGGCCAACAACAAAAGGCCUAACAGCUCGGCUCAGGGGAACAGAACCCUGAUGAGCCAAAGUGGAAACCACAGUUUUUUAAAGGCAAACUUUUGACAACAAAUCCUUAUUCAUUCUCUAAGUGAAUAUUUUUAGAGUUUUCAGAAAACAAAAGAACCGUUUUUAGAUCUCUAUUGUACAUUUGAAAAAAAAAAUUCUUGUGAGGACAGGGGUGGAGAGACAGAACACAAGUCCUCUCGCAGAGAACCGAGUUAAAGAUGUUUCAGGACCCGAGCUGGGGGGGGAUCACAGCUACCUGCAUUUCCAGGUUCAGGAGCAUUGGGUACCCACACAUACACACGUGUGCAUAAUUUAAAAAACAACUUAUUUUUUUUAAAGUUUUUUUAAAAUGAGAAACAAGUUUCAAAUUGGUUUGCUAAACACCGAAAGGAAAAGGAAUAACAAACAAGUAAUGAACGACCUGAUCUGGUGCUCCUUCCUAACACUAUUUUAUCUGUUACCUACACGAGCUCCUUUCCUGUGGGUCCAGUGUGAUCGUGAGAACUGGCAUCUAAGGCUGCUUCCUACACUCUAGACCCUUCUACCACCUGUCACUACCCAUGUGGUGUCAAAAGACGAAUCUCUGCUGAAUGCCUUCAGUUUUCACAGUACAGAUGACUUUAAGGAUAAAAUAGCUGGGUUUUUUGUUUGUUUGUUUUGCUUUUAGUUUUUUGUAGACCAAGAAG